AUGCUGAAGACAUUGGUUCCCCGAGGGAGCCGAUCGCUUCUCUCAUCAAAAGCUCCGCAGCUAGGUCCUGCGAACCUGCGAACAGCUCCAAGCUUCCAGAUAGUUUCCCCGAACCAGCAAAGAAGGAGAGGUUAUGCCUCAGAAGCUUCAGAUUAUGAUAUUGUCUUCAUUGGAGGUGGUGUGGCCGGCUACGUGGGCGCAAUCAAGGCCGGACAAGCGGGCUUAAAGGUGGCCUGUAUCGAAAAGAGAGGUGCCUUGGGAGGCACUUGUUUGAACGUCGGCUGCAUACCUUCAAAAUCCCUGCUGAACAACUCACAUCUCUACCACCAAAUCCUACACGACACGAAAAAACGAGGUAUUGAUGUCAAUGAUGUCAAACUCAACCUGACCCAGAUGAUGAAGGCCAAGGAUGAAUCCGUGUCUUCGCUGACAAAAGGUGUCGAGUUCUUGUUCAAGAAGAACAAUGUGGACUACGUCAAGGGAACCGGGUCCUUCAAGGAUGAACACACAAUCAAGGUCAACCUGAUUGACGGAGGCGAGACGGAAAUCAAGGGCAAGAACAUCAUCAUUGCGACCGGUAGCGAGUCGACGCCGUUUCCAGGUCUGGAGAUCGACGAGAAGAAGGUUGUUACAAGCACCGGCGCAAUUGCUCUGCCGGAAGUACCCAAGAAGAUGGUCGUCAUCGGAGGUGGUAUUAUCGGACUUGAAAUGGCAUCGGUGUGGUCUCGACUGGGCUCACAAGUCACUGUGGUUGAAUUUCUGGGAGCGGUUGGUGGACCGGGCAUGGACGCCGAGAUUGCCAAACAGGCACAGAAGAUUCUCGCCAAACAGGGCAUCAAGUUCAAGACCAACACCAAGGUUUUGAAGGGCGACGCCAGCGGAGACGGCGUGAAGCUCGACCUGGAAGCGGCCAAAGGUGGCAAGAACGAAACCAUUGACGCGGACGUUGUUCUUGUCGCCAUUGGCCGUCGCCCCUACACCGAAGGUCUAGGCAUCGAAAACAUUGGCCUUGAGCUCGACGAACGCAAGCGCUUGGUCAUCGACCAGGAAUACCGAACCAAGAUCCCCCACAUCCGCGUCAUUGGCGAUGUGACAUUCGGCCCCAUGCUGGCACACAAGGCGGAAGAAGAAGGCGUUGCUGCUGUCGAGUAUAUCACGAAAGGCUACGGCCACGUCAACUACGGAGCCAUCCCGUCUGUCAUGUACACGCAUCCCGAGGUUGCGUGGGUCGGACAGAACGAGGCCGAGCUGAAAUCCGCCGGCGUCAACUACAAAGUCGGCACAUUCCCCUUCACGGCCAACUCGCGGGCCAAGACCAACCUGGAGACGGAAGGGCUGGUCAAGUUCCUGGCCGACGCGGAGACGGAUCGUAUCCUGGGCAUCCACAUCAUCGGCGCCAACGCCGGCGAGAUGAUCGCCGAAGGUACGCUGGCGCUCGAGUAUGGUGCAUCGACUGAGGAUGUGGCGCGGACGUGUCAUGCUCACCCGACGUUGGCGGAGGCUUUCAAAGAAGCUGCCAUGGCCACAUACAGCCAUGCCAUCCAUUUCUAA